UGUGUGGCGGCUGGGGAAGUUUUGUCCGCGGCGGUACAGUAGUACCUUAUGUCAGUAUGCUGUUUACCGCCGUGAGCAUGAACACUGAGGAUCAUGUGCCGCUCCAGAGACGGCUGACAGACCGGGGUACCGUGUGACAGCGAGUGCGCAAGCGCCGUGUGAGAGUCGUACGUCAUGUGCACGUGGUUAGAGACGAUUCACGUGCAUUGUCCAGUCCACGUUCAUCUACCUGUGAAUGGCAGUAAUUAACCAGGAGUCACUGACUGACUGGAGCAGACGCAGCACCAGCAGUGUCUGUAGGGCUUUUGCUCCCCUGGAAUCUGGUGCUUGUAAUCCCCUUACGCCUCUGCUUCUUCAGAAAUGACCAAAGUAAAGUCCAAUCCGGAGAGCCGGAGCGAGGAAGUCGAGGGCCCAGAUGGAGGCUGGGGCUGGGUGCUGCUCGCUGCUUUGUUUGUCAGCACGAGCCUCGUGUUCGGCCUGAUGCGGAGCUUGGGCGUCUUCUUUGUGGAGUUUGUCCAGUACUUUGAGGAAAGCAGUCAGGCUGUCUCCUGGAUCUCAUCCACUGGCUUAGCAGCACAGCAGUUCUUCAGUCCUCUGGGUGCAGCGCUAUGUAACGCAUAUAAUGCCAGGCUGGUAGUGAUGACGGGGGGCUUUCUCGCUGGACUCGGUCUCAUUCUGGCCUCGCAAGCCACCUGCCUUGCUCACCUGUACCUCACGAUGGGUGUAAUUUCAGGUUUGGGCUGGGGGCUGGUCUUUACGCCCAUGGUGGCCACAGUCAUGGCUAACUUUACCCGCCGACGCACCUUGGCUUUGGGACUGGCUUUCUCCAGCAUUGGCCUGUCUUCAUUUGCCUUUAACCCACUCUUCCAGCUGCUGGUGGAGAUGUACGCCUGGCGAGGAGCUCUGCUAAUUCUGGGAGGCCUCAGCCUCAACAUUGUGGCCUGCGGGGCGCUCAUACGUCCAAAGCAGCGCUCUGAAGCCCCAGCAAAGGUGGAUCCAGACAGCAGGUCGUCAUGUGUUGCUCAGCUGCAGCGAGUCUCCUCCUACCUGGAGCUGUCACUGCUCUUUGAGAGGCCUUAUGUCACCUACACCUUAGCUAUUUCUCUUUUAAACGCCGGCUACUUCGUGCCAUAUUUCCAUCUGGUGGCCCAUAGCCGCCAAGCUGGCUUCUCUGAGUACCAAGCAGCUUUUGUCAUGUCAGCCGCAGGAGCUACAGACAUUUUGGGCCGCGUAGUGUCAGGCUGGUUCGCUGACCUGCGCCACUUUCGGUUAAUUCAUUUACUAAGCUUGUGGACAGCUCUGGCAGGUGUAUUCAUCAUGCUGCUGCCCGUGAGCUCCUUGUCUGGGUCCUAUGUUGCGCUGGUGGUGAUCAGUCUCCUGUAUGGAUUCUGCUCCGGGGCUUUGACCUCUCUGGCGUUUGCGGUGGUACCUUUGAUUGUGGGCGUGGAGCGCAUGAUGGGGGCCCUCGGGCUGCUGCAGCUCAUUGAAAGCAGUGCAGGUCUGCUGGGGACUCCUCUGUCAGGGUUGCUCAAGGACAUCACAGGCAACUACAUGGCCUCCUUCAUGGUAGCAGGCUCUUUCCCCAUUCUUGGUACCUUGACCAUGGCCACUCUGCCUCACUAUUUCUCCUGCACCGACCCACCGCCUCCUCAAAGACGUUCCCUUGACGACAAAGAUAAGGGUUUAAAUUCAGAGUUGGAACAGAUGAAUAGUUUGCCUUCUGACACAAGUAACAGAAGUGCUGAAUGAUCUGACAGAUGAGAUAACAAGGUUCAGUAAGCCUCGAGACUGUGUCAAAUUAAGGCUUCGGGAAUGAUGGCAAAUUUCUGAAGAUGCCAUCAACAUGAUGCUGUUGCACAUGUGUAUGAAUGGUGGUGUAUUGGUGCUAUACCUCAGAGACUCGGACCCAAAGUGAACAGUGAAGCUUCCUGGUUGGCAGACAGAGCCUCCUGAGUUCCUCGCUCUGUUACAUAUCAUAACCUUGGUUUAAUGUUGAAGCCAGUAGAUGCUGCCACAAAGGAAACUCUUCACAGUUUAAUUAUUUAAUUACAGCUCAUAAACCUUUGAUUAAGAUAGGAUAUGUGAAGUAAAUUUCAGUUUGUUUUUCAGUUAUUACCACAACAUGCUAAUUGCACUUUUAGCUUACUUGACUAAGAAACACAAAACUUUGAAAUUGAUCUUUGAAACUGUGAAUCUGAUUCCGCUGCUGAAAGACUGACUGGCAUAUUUACAUUUUGUACAUAAUGAUUUAACUAGAAAUUCACUAUCUUCAUUUAAACUAUUUUCUGACAAUUAACACUGUAGAUUCUGUUCAUCAGUGACUGGAUUAAAUCACUGUGGGGCCAUUUUUUAUUACCCGCUGUUAUCUCCAAAUAGUCAGUAAACACAAUCUUCAACUACUUGACAACAUUUCAUUUUGUGAUCAAAGGCUAACAACUAAAUGUUGAUAUAGGAUACCUUUUAUACAAUACAGUCUUAGAUUAUGAAGCACAACUUCUGCAAAUCAUGUGACACACCUUAAGCUUAGCCACAGCCUUCCCAACACUGGUCUUAUAUUUUUAUUUGAUGACAUAGGGCAUUACUGAAUCCUACAAAUGACUGUUUUUAUACUAUGUAAUUUGUGUGUGAAGAUAUAUUGUUAAAAAAAACUCUUGCAACACACAGUGCCAUUCACUGUAGACACUGAUUUGAGUCCAGUAAAGCUGCUGGUAUCAACUCUUAGACUCAGGAAUUUCUCUUUCCACCAGUGCAUUAUAAUUCUUGGCCGGAGCACAAAACCAUGUUUUUCCAAGUGCAUUUUCUAAAGACACAUUCAGCUUGUUUGCAUAAGCACUUUGUACUUUUGUAAACCAUAAGCAAAGACUGGCUUUGUAGAGCAGUGUGGUUUGGCUUUGAUAACAGCUGGAUGAACACCAUGUCUUGAGCAGAAGCACUGUGACCUGCUGGUAACUGACAUACUAACUUGAGCAGCGAUGCAAAAGGAGUUUGGUCAGUACUUGAAAGAGGAACCUCAAUCACUGUUUUUAAAGUUCAUCAGAAAUCUUUUCACUUACAGACUCAUGCAAUGCUGUGGUCCUUCAAUCCUAAAACCAUCACUCUACCUGCAAAAUGUCAUUGAUGUGUUGAAAUGUAAUAUUUUGUACUUGUACUUGAUUAAAUACAUUGUGCUUUUUUUUAACUGUCUUUUCUUUAACUAGUUUUGUUUCAAUUUUGAGUGUAUGAGGCAGGUCUUCUGUUGUAAUGUCACUUGAAAUGUCAACCAUUUGCCUCAAAGGUCAAUCACAGAAUGAUGGCGCCCUCUGCUGGGGUUGUGACCGCAAAACAAACCGUUUUACGUUUCUAUUUGAAAGCUAUCCAUCCAUUAUCUAUAUCUAAUAAGGACAUUUGUAAGUGACCCCAAACUUUUGAACGGUAGCAUACCUUUUUCUCUAAAUAACCACAACUAUCCAUCCAUCCAUCCAUCAUCUAUACACCGUUUAAUCCUCAGGGGGCUGGAGUUUAUCCCAGCUGAUUUAGGGUGAAGGCAGGGGACACCCUGGACACGUCACCAGUCUAUCACAGGACUACAUAUAGAGACAAACAAUCACAUUCACACCUAUGGACAAUUUAGAGCUACCAUUUAACCUCAUCAUAUUUUUGGACUGUGGGAGGAAGCUGGAGAACCCAGAGAAAACCCAGGGAGAACAUGCAAGCUCCAUGCAGGAAGAUUCCAGGAAGGCAGGAUGCGAACUGGGGAUUAUCAAGCUGCAAGGUGAAAGUGCUAAAGUCACUGUGUAACCCCUAUUUAAAAACUAGAAUCUGUAAAAAUUGUCUCAUUCCAAAUAUACAGUUUAAACACCAACACGAAAAUACACUUAGACAUAAGUUUGUAUUGUAUUUUAUUUGAUCUUAAUACAAAUUUGAAGUACCUCAUAAUUUAGACAAAAUAGACAUGAAAAUUGUCUAAAAAUGUAAAAAGCUACAAUUACUACAAUUUGUCAAAUAUCACUUUUUGCAACAUUUAUGUACAUGUCCAACAAGCAUUUUCAUUUUAUUUUCAUGUAACAAGUCAAUAAAAAGAACA